AUGGAAGCUUCACCAAGCGAUUCCGUCAUGAAGAUGGAAAGGGACAAGGGACAGCAUGCCGAAGAGAACUGGGAUCUCGAAGAGACUCAGCCCGAGAAGAAACGCUCUGGAGUUCUCAAUGUUGUCGUUUCUGGCCUGGCGCUCUUCAGCGAUGGCUACAAUGCCCAGAUUAUUGGCUAUAUGGAGCCGCUCUUUUCGGUCCUUUACAUGAGCGGCAUGUCCUCAACCAUCAAAUCGCGCCUGUCAAACUCCUACCUCAUUGGAGAGAUCUUUGGCAUGCUUUUUUUCGGUGUCCUCAUCGACCGCAUUGGCCGUCGGACUGGUGUCAUUGCCGCAACAGCCUUCUUGAUCCUGGGUAUCGUGCUGGCCACCGCAGCGCACGGGAAAUCUGAACUUGGAAUGUUCUGGAUGAUGAUUGUUGCACGAGGUAUCGCAGGCUUUGGUGCCGGCGGAGAAUAUCCCGUUUGCGCCACAAGUGCCACCGAGGCCGCAGACGAGACGACACAGCUGCGCAAGCGUCGUGGUUUCUUGGUAGCAAUGACCACUGACUUCGCUGUGGAUCUGGGAUUCGUCGCGGCAGGUAUAGUGGCCCUCAUUGUCUUGGCCUGCUAUAAUCAACAGAGCACAGAGGGGGUCUGGAGAAUUACUUUCGGCCUGGGAAUUGUGCUCCCGAUUUCCAUCUGCUUUUUCCGUAUCCGCAUGAUAAACUCUACUCAAUACAAGAAGCAUGCCAUCAAGUCGCAUUACCCUUACUGGCUAGUCCUCAAGCGUUAUUGGAAGCCCAUGCUUGGUACAUCUUUGGCGUGGUUUUGUUAUGACUUUGUGACCUACCCGUUUGGUCUGUUUUCCUCGACAAUUGUCGAGCAACUGAACCCGAACAACACAACAGUUCAAAAUAUUGGAUAUGGAACUGUGAUUAACUGCUUCUAUCUCCCUGGCUGCAUCUUGGGCGGACUCCUCAUGGACCGCAUUGGUCGCAAGCAGAACAUGACUCUUGGCUUCAUGCUGUGGGCAAUCUGGGGCUUUAUCCUGGGUGGUGCCUUGCAACCUAUCCAAAGCGUCUUCCCUCUCUUUGUCGUGAUGUACGGCAUCUUCCAGGCCCUUGGUGAGAUGGGACCUGGCGUUUCUACGUUCCUUUGCGCCGCAGAAUCAUUUCCAACUCCCCUUCGCGGCCAUUUCCUUGGAUUUGCAGCUGCCGUCGGCAAAGCCGGUGCCUCCAUUGGCACGGAAGUUUUCACCCCGAUCCAGAACUCCUUUGACAGCACAGCAAAGGGCCAGCAGGCUGUCUUUUUGAUUGGCUCCGCCUUCACCGUCGUCGGUGGCCUUAUUGCCUGGUUCUUGAUUCCGGAUAUGUCCCGGGAGCUGGAGACCGAGGAUGCUCGUUUCAAGGCUUACCUCGAGGAGCAUGGAUAUGACAUUAGUCUCUACGGCGAGGCCUUGGUCGUCAAUCAACGGAGCUCUUCUUGA